AUGUCAGAAGAGCCACCGACGCGUCGCCAAUCGCGCGCUAAGAGGCCCAAGUCCUAUCGUGUCGAUGAUGAGUAUGCCUUUCUGGAUGAAGAUAGUUCUGCGGCAUCACGUAGUCAGACCCCGGUAGCUGGUGGAGAUGACGAAAGCGACGAAGAUGACUUUAUGCCUGAUGCAAGGGAAGAAGACCCAGAGGACGAAGAAUUCAACGACGACGAUGACGACGACGAAGAUGAUGGGGCGGCAGAGGAAGAGGAGGAUUCUGAUGAAGAGUAUGGUAGCCCGGGAACAUCGUCAGCACGAGCAGUCGGGUUCAACUCGGAUCCCGAUGCCCGCCCUUAUCUUACCAAGCAAACCAAAAAGAAGCACUCCGCUAAUAUACAAUCAUCGGUUGUAUUCGCAAGAGGUGGUGCACUCCGCCCUCAAAGCAACGAAUCCAAACUCCGUACCAGGGGCGUUGCAGAUUUCAGCAAAAUUGGAGGUCAAGAGAUUCGCCUAAAGGAUCUCUUUGGCCCGGAUAGUGAAGCCCUCAAGCCGAUCCUUUAUACUCGCGAUCACUGGUAUGAGCAAGAAACGUUACCUCUUCGUACACCCGAUGGGUGCAGGCGAAGCUUCUUUGAGAGUCUUGAGGGGAGAGAAAAGGAGGAGCGUACGAUGCGAGCUUGGUAUGCGGAGACUGGCUGGGGUAUAUUUGUGCAAAAACAGAAGACGCAAAUACUAACGACAGAAGCGGGCCAAAAGUACAUGGAAACUGAUGGCCCGCAAGCGCUGAACGUACUCUGGGGUGCAGCACAGAGACCUCGAGUUCGCCCAUUCGAAAAGGGCGCCUGUGUGAACAUUAAUGAUGCUUUCGAAGACCGCACCAGUAGACGAGGCUGGAUGCUCUACAUGAGUGCCCGCAUUCAAGACGCACAGUGGGCCGUGAAUGAAGAAAGCGAAAUACAAUACCUCGCUGUUGCCGUUGAGCAGAAACCCAUGGACAGCCAGCAGCCAAAGCCACUAGAGCAGCCCAAAGCCCCUGCUUUCUCACCCAGCGCGCCAUUCCCAGCCUCGAUCCAGAUCUGGGCUUUUGAUAUGGGUAGCCGCGAUGAAGACGAAACACUGAAAGAGCCUCGCCUCGAACAGGUCAUUUGCACGGAUUGGGGAGCUCCUAAGCAAGUAAGAUGGAGUCCGGUCAAAGCCACUGGCUCAUCUGAAGACUCAAACGAGCAAGGAAACGAGCACAUCGGCCUACUCGCAGGUAUCUGGUCAGAUGGACACAUCAGGAUCCUCGACGUCAAACGACUACUGCCCGAAGAACUAACAAACGGACCGGCAUACUUACACUAUGCACACGCAGCAUUCGACGUCUCCAUUCCAGACACCGUCCCAUCCUGUCUCAACUGGCUAUCAUCAUUAUCCCUCGCAGUCGCCACCGCCGCCGGUACGGUAGCCAUCUGGACCUUGACACGCCCAGACAGCUUCACCCCAAACGCCAGACCCUGGUUCUACAGUCAAUUCGCACACACGUACAUCAUGACCAUUGCCUCUGGUUGGCCCUCGCAACCGCAUCUCGUUUCCAUCAGCGUCGCCGACGGCUUCGCCCGGCUCUUCGACCUCCGCAGCCCGCUCGCCGACACCACAGCCUCGAUCCGCGGCCGCACCCUCUGCAUCUCGCAAGCAUGGCACGAGCAGACGCAAACUUUUGUCAUGCCGGACGAACACUACAUCCUCAAGCACACGCCCAUCCGCCGCUACUACCACAACCUGUACAGCAUGCGGCUGGAAAGCAGCAUCACGCGUGUGGCAACGAGCCCCGUGCAUCCCGCGGUGCUGGCUGCAGGCGCAGAGGGCAAUGUAGAGGCUAGUGUGCCCGUUGGCAGAAUCACAAAUUAUAAGAUCAUACCGUGGCAGCAGAAAUGGUUUGUGCAUGAGUGGCGAAGGCCGGUGCGGGAAUUAGUCGUUCAAGUUCCGGUUGAGGAUGUCGAGAUGGCAGACGAGGAGGAGGGAACUGGGACACCGCGCACACCGUCUUCGGAGACGAAUGACAGUGCAAAUUCUUCUCCUAGAACUACGCCGACACCACCACGAAAGUCGCAAAUCCCCCCAGAAAUUCUCGCCCAACCCCUCGCCCGCAUAACCGAGGGCUUCAAGGCUGUCCAGCCCGGUAUCCAGCACUCGGCCAUGUCCAAGAAGCCUAAUAAUCCAGAGGCCAACAGGGGUCUUACCAUUCACGAAGCUCGGUCUGCCAUUACGGCGUUGGCGUGGAAUCCGAAUCUUGAGUAUGGGACCUGGGCUGUUGCUGGUAUGGCUGAUGGGUUGCUGCGAGUUGAGGAUAUUGGAGUUUAG